GGAGUUGCCGUGGAUCGUACGUGCUUAGUCGGCCACCUCUUGUGCCAGGGAACAUUUUGUAAGAUGCGAUUUUGUCUCUCAUGGCGAAGGAGCUUCCGUCGUGAGAUUCGUCCGCUUUUCGUAUCGAACGCUUCGUUCAAAGUAUAACACGCUCGCGGAUUACGUAAAUUCGUAGGAAAAAAAGCGACGUAAAAUAGGCAGGGUGCGAACUGUGUAAAACGUCGAAAUGAGGAGAACACCUUUCGAUAACCACAUUUUAAGCAACACAUACAAUUCGUAUAGUGUUGCAUCGAAAAAUUCGAAGGAUGCCGAAUGCAAGUACAGCGUGAAUUAUAGCAGUAGACAGGAGAAUCAGUAUCUGCAGCGAAGUUAUUCCGCGGACAAUGUUGUAAUACGUUCCCGUGGUUUUAAGCCCUCCGAUAGGCACGAUCCUGUCAAAAGGAAUUUCCUUGAACAUUUGACCUCGAAAAUACUACAUUUUGAUAUGGAGAGCAAUGAGGUUGGACCGGUCAAUUUGCAGAAAUUACUCACCCCUGCGUCUGACUCGCAGGGGAUUUUGCAAUCGAAAAAUAGAAAAAUGUUUGCGUCGUCGUAUUUUUACGCGCCAACGCAUCCGACCGUCGAGGAUCAAGUUGAACUCGCUCGGCGAAUUUCGCAUUCGUUGAGCGACGUGAAAAACAUGAAAAGUAAAGGUCAAUCUAUGUAUGUGAACAGAAAAAAGCGGUCUGUUAAAUGGAUACACGAUGGCAAUGGUGUAGAAGACGAGGAAGAACCUUCAACCGCAAUUCACAGAGACAAGGUUCCUUUAAAAUGCAUGAUGAACCCGCACGGAAAAGUGUUAGAUAUACACGGUAUUCAAGCUUUGGGCGAAGAAGUAAACAUUGAACCAAUGCCAAAGAAUCCUGAGAAACUCUUUGAUAUCGUGCGUGACCUGAAUAACCAAAAAGGCCGCGGUGCGGAGAUAUUCGCGAAACGUAGGAAAAGGUCGGAGAAAUGGGUCGUGGACAGGGAUCAACCGCAAACACCCAACACUCCGGGGACACCUAAGGGACUGGGGUACUCGGGAAAACCGGAAAUGAAUGGUUCUUCGAAAUUUUCGACGUUGCCUCCACUCACACCGAUCGCACCCGAGCCAACCGUCCAGAAACCAUUUUACAAUCCCUUCACCGUGGAUUUGUCUUUAGACGACGCGAAUACACCCACGACAGGCAGAAAUCAGUUUCGUUGCAACGGUCAAGAGUGUAAUCACUCGAGCACCGAAGUGAAAAAGAUAUAUCUGAGAGAAGUGGCAGUCGGCACCGAUAAUGAUUUUGCUUUGGAUGAAUCUCGAUCAUCGAUCAUCGAAAAAUCACGUCGAACCGCUUUCGAUCCUGAUAACGAGCAGCGCAAUAAUUAUCACGCCAGAUAUAACGGCAGCGAAAAUACUAACAAACGCAAUCACUAUCACAACAAGGCUUCGCUCAACAAAUUUAACUACUCUAACGGCCGCCAUGCUACUAACAAAGAAACAAAGCAUCAUCAUGUGAAGGAGCAACGCAUCACGGAGCGUAUAAAAAUCAGCGAAGAACGCGAGUUUGUAAAUAAUCAACGAGAAAUCGACUCGAUCCGCGUAGACAGCGAUAAAAGCGAAUACACACCCAUACCGGUCAAACAGUUGAUACAAGAAUUCGAAAAAACUUGUAGGCCAGUUCUGCAGUAUAAACAAAUCAGUCCAAAGGUUAUUCCGAUUGUACAGCAUUCUCCUAUAGACAGCGACAUUGCACGGUUCUUUGAAACGCGAAAUUCUGUCAAAUCUAACAACGUGGAAGAUCAUAGGAGAACAGCUGGUCAGCGAGCGUACGAGGAACCCGUGAGGUUUCGAGAUAAUUGCGACAACGUUUACCUGUCUACCGAUGACACGGAAUACACAACGGACGAAACCGAUUCGCAGACGAACGAUUAUGCCAGCGAGGAAAUGAUCUAUCGCGAAAAAUCGGAGACCUCGAGCGUGAUGAACGGAGAUCACGAAUAUUCGACGAUCUACCGAGAAGAAUGUUCGAGCCGUCGCCGAUCGGUCACUUCCGAGGAAGUGGAAAACUUUUGCAACAACGGGGACGGAAAGUUUAGGAACACAGAGUCGGACGUGCCCGUAGAAGCAAAGUCGUUGCUGCUUUCGAUGAUCGCUUCGCAGGAGGAUAUUUUAGAGACCAUCAAACAUUUGCGAAACACCCCGGUUUUGGAUAAUCUUUUGCACGGCGUUUCGCCCGAUAUCAAAUUUGAUGUCUGUCAGGAUGAUGGUAAAAAACUUUACGAGAGCAACACCUAUUCAGGACCGAAGUUAGCCAGCAUUCACAACUUGACGAAUUACAACACGGCACCACGUGGCUGGGAUCAAUCUCUAACCUUCUAUCGGCCAAUAAAAUUCGAGAAACCGCAGGAAAUCGUGUAUUCAGACUUUUAGAUGCACGAACCUGAUUAUAAGUCGCUCUUUAAUUCAAGCACGAAAUUAGAGUAAAUAUGUAUUCCUUCUGGGAGAACGAAGCCAUAUGAUUAUUAUCUCCCGAACGUGGCCCCGCAGAUUAUAAUUAAUUUGUUUCUUUAUUAAUUAAUGAAUUUACCUUUGCCCUGAUCUAGUCAGAUAACGAUAAUGAUAUCUUGAAAAAUAAAUUCAACAAGAAAACGGCGCUA